AGGGAGAACAAUAAGUGUUACAAUGUUUUAAAUCUGCGUGAUGCUGUGCACUCCUUAGAUAUCUUUGGUACCCUAAAACUGAAGUAUCUUUUGUAUGCCACAAUUAAAUUAUUCAGAAACGAAACAUCUUGAAUAUAGGGAGGAACACAAACACAGUAUUCAGGAUAGUGAGCUCAUCAUACAGAAUAUACACAGGAUAUUCUGCUACAAUAUAAGCUUUGUAUUUCAAGGUACUGUCAACCGAAGAAGUGUUGUGGUAGUUCAGGACAAAGUAAGCGCGGCUUGUAUCGGAAUAACUAAAGUGUUAUCCGAAGAAGCUGGUGUGUUUCCUAUUGAAAAUCAGAGCCGUAACAGAGCUGGCCGAGCGUUGACCAGCAGGUGGCCGCCCGCCUAUAACCGGCCUAUAAAUCACCUAUAACCUGGAAGAGGGCAGACUAAGAUGACGGUAGAAGUCUGCAGCUACAGACGCGGGUUAUCAAGAAUGUCUUCAACUCAUCAUCCCCAUGCUGACAACCCCUCACCACCUCCCCCUCUGCACAUGCUCGGUGUUCUUCCCCCUCACAAUGAGGAGGAGAACUCCCCACGUUUCCCCAACAAGGGAUCCCAUGAUAUGUACCACGGGACUUCCUCUCCCCCACGACACAGCCCGUGUUCCCCAAGUCCUGAGGAUAGCUCCCCAAGGUCCGAAAAUUUCCCCAUAUGCCGGCAAACCAAUUCCCCACCAAAUCCCCACCACCGACACCGUCGGUCCCCAACAAUAUCCACGCACGAGACCGAAAUGUCAGCGGCAACGGCCCGCCCAAAGUUCAUGAUAACCGACAUACUUCGGUCCAGCGGACUCCGAGUCCCGGACCGAGGGCCCAGGGGUCCAGAACGCGGGCCCCGAGACACCGAAAAGCCCCGCUUGUCAAGCCCCAGUGGGGCCCAGCAUCCAGCUGGGCUGGACCAGCUGGACAGUCGACCAGCUGACGAAGUUGAUUUUGAUGAGACCAGCCACGACGAGGAGGACGACAUGGAAUACAACAGGGGCUUGGGUGACGCGUCGGGCGGGCAGCCCCCCUGCAAGAAGCAGCGCAAGGCCCGGACAGCCUUCAGCGACAGUCAACUGCAGACGCUCGAGAAGAACUUCGAGCGUCAGAAGUACCUGAGUGUACAGGACCGUAUGGAACUAGCGGCUAAACUGGGACUAACUGAUACCCAAGUCAAGACCUGGUACCAGAACAGAAGGACCAAGUGGAAGCGGCAGACGGCUGUGGGUCUGGAGCUGCUGGCUGAGGCGGGUAACUUUGCAGCCGUGCAACGGUUGUACGGCACAGCCGCCGGCUACUGCCAUCCGUGGUCGUACCCGCCACCACAGACGGCCGUACCGGCGGGUAUAGCCGCGUCAGCUGCAGCUGCAGCCCUGGGCAUGUCGCCUGUGGACCUCUACUACCGGCAGGCGGCCGCCGCCCUGCAGAAGCCGCUCGCCUUCAGGCUCUACCCGCCGCCUGGCCUGCAGCUGCUAGCCCCGUCUGCAGCUGCUGCAGCUGCAGCUGCGUCUGCUGCAGCUGAUCCCCUCAGAGACGCUCUGAGGCCAGACGUGUCAGAGACUCUGAGCCGGAGCGCAGAGUCUCUGCGCACGCAGCAGCAACAGCCCUCGUCAGAGACAUACCCUCGCUCUGAUCUCAUACUCAGACCUGAGGCACUCAGAGCUGUCGUGUCCUGUGGCCUCACGUUCCCCUCAUCUGAGCCUCACACGGCCUCAGCAGGCCUCCCCUCGGGGGCCUCUCUACCUGCCUCCCCAUUAUCUUCUACCCGGUCUACCCCGCCUUGUUCUUCCCCAUCGCAUGGGGCUUACAGACCAGACCAUUCCCCUCACUGAGGCUUGGUCUGCCUCAGGUUUUAUGUAUGCUUCACAAUCUCAUUUUUAUUUGAAAUUUAAAAUUUGUCCGGUAGCAUCAAAUGUAUUAAUUUUCAUUCAAUUCCUAUUUGUAUUCACACUCUUUCCCAUUUCUUUUAACUACCAAUUUAUUUGUU